AUGUCGUCGGCUCAGGGGUUAUCGAGGCAGCAAAAGGGGAACUCAGUUGUUGCGGCAUCAGCUCCGGCAAGGGGUCCAGACGGAGGUUGUAUCGGGGAUCUCGAGUCGACUCAUCACGAGGCGAUGAUGGACACAGUUGAUUUGUCUCGCUCCCAGAGGCUUUUGGUCGCAGAUGCUACACGGCUUGCGAGGGAAGGGAGCGAAACGUCGUCGUGGGGGAUGCGACGGAUGGAAGACGAUUCUUCGGAAGACGACGACUCCGAAGCCGAGUUGUUUCCGACGACCUUCUAUCCCGAAGGGAUUUUCGAGGAGCUUCCGCGACUACAUCCUGAUUUAUUGCGCCCUGCUUUCGUGGCUGGUCAAGAUUGGGACGGUGUGGAGGAGACUAAGUCGACCCUGAGGAGCGUGAAGAGGGUUCUUCGGGCCAAGAACGCUACAGGCGUGACCUUCCUCAUUCCUACGAAGGAGCAAAGGCCUUGGUCUCCUCCGAUCGGGUACCAAACAGUAUACAAGUCUUAUUUCCAGGAUGACACUCGCUGUUGGUUCCCCAUCCCGCGACUGAUCACCGCGUACGCUAGGCGGCGAGAUAUCGCGAUUAGUCAGUUACUGAACGGCUCGCUGCGACUAGCCGUCACUCUAUCAGUUCUAGCGGAGGAGAUUGACAUGCCGAUGAGCGUCAGGUCGUUCGAGGAGAUGACCUCGAUAACCGAUAUGAAGGACGGAACCUACUCGGUGAAGAUGCGACCAAACUGCAAUGUGUGCGCCGGUCAUCCAAACAAAACACAGAAUUGGCAGCGUUCCUACUUCUUCAUCAAGUCCGACGACUCGGCUUUCGAGGAGCCUCCUCGAGAGGACUAUCGGGUCCUGUGGAACCGUUCUUGUGUUGGCCAUCCCACGUCUCCAGUCUAUCCUGAGGAUUUCCUGAAGAGCGUUCGAGCCGUCGCUUUGCUUCGGAUCUACCGUUGGUCCGAGAUUACCGUCGAGAAGAUUCGCGAGCUUAAGGACCGGAUCGCUCGAAGAGAGUGGAGAUCUGACCUUCCGACCGUUCUUCCUAUUCGCACCAAGCGACUAGACAUCUUCCCAAAGGACAUCCAGAAGCGAGUCUCUGAAGCAAAGAGGAUGGGAACUCUUCCCGAUUUGAGCGCGAUGUUAGCCGCCCAGCUGGGACUGGCCAGCGAGGAAGGACCUUCGACGACGGUUCCUCGCAUUGGUGAGAGGGGCGGCUCGGGAGUCGAGAGGAGCGCCGAGGAGGCGAGCGACGUUCCUCCUUCUGGCGAACCCCAAAAGAAGAAGAAGAAGAAGAAGAAGAGGACAGAGAAGCCUGCUGACGAGCAGUCGGAGAAUCCCGAAGAACCGACUGAGAAUGAGGAGGGUGAUGUUCAAGAAGAAGAACUUCAACCCGAAGAGGAGGCUUCUGAGGCUGAAAUCUCGGGAGAACUGGACGAUGCGGUGGAAGUUGGUGAAAGGGAGGAAUCUGAAAUUCCUCUUAACGCCGCCCGUCCGGACGGUUCUGAAGAAGACAGCGGAGAGUCGCCGCUUUUGAUCAGGAGACGUAACGACGAGGUUGGCGAUGAGGCGCGAUCUCCUAUUCUGGCGUCUUCUCGCGAGGGAACUCCGGUUCCCAUUGGGGAAGGGGUCGCUCAGGUCGGCACUUCUUCUCGCGGCUCCGCUAUCUUGAGGAGGGUGCCCGGAGUCAACUUUCCAGACAAGGUUUCGUUUCACUACGAGGGACCGGCCCCUCUAGUGUACGUUCCCGAGAAGUGUGGGGAGUUCCUUCGCCAAUUAAGGGGGAGGGUGAAACCUUUGCCCGCUGUGAAGGACCUCAUCUUUGGGGGUGAAUACGAGGAAGCCGCGAGGGCCAAGCUGCUGGGGGAUAGUGCGACGAACGUCGUGAUCGAUAAGUACGACACUGCCCUGAAGGGAGCUUUAGGCGAACUCGAGCUGGCUAAGGAGUACGCGGAGAAAGAGGAAGCUUCUGCUCGCCAGCUGAAUGCGUCGAGGGCUGACGUCGAGAGGCUUAACGGGAUGGUUGCUCGCAUCAUUGCUCGAAGAGACGAGCUCAAAGCCGAGUUGGAGGUAUCCCGAGGAGUCGUUCGUGAGCUCGAGCGGAAGAACGCCGAACUUGAGAGCGAGAAGGUUUUGCUCGCUGCGUCUCAUGAAAGAGAGAUGAGGCGCCUUAGAGACUCCAGGAUCCUGGAAGUGACGAGGGAAAGAGGAAGAGUUGAGGCGAGAUGGCCGCGAAAGCUAAUCGUCGCUUCGCUAGGAUUCGCUCCCGAGAAGAGCGACGAGAGGGCUGGGAGCGACAUCUCGCAAGCUACUAUCGAGAUUUUCGCCGAGCAAGAGAAGAAGUACGAGGAGGAAGCCGAGAAGCUUAGGGUGGGCGAGAUACCCGAGGAAGAUCUCACGCUUUCUCCUCUCGUAUUGGACUCUCAGUUUGUGGAUGCUCGAAUCUUGGCGAGUCUCGAUCCGUAUGGGUCCAACGCCGGCUUGAUCGAUCCGGAGAUUGCAGCGAGUCUUCACGUUCCGCUUACUCAUCCGACUGAAGAGCGGCGCGAAGACCCGACGCUUCUUCUUGAAGGUCCUUUGGCCGAUCCAGAGAUCGUCCCGAGAUCAGGUGAAGUGCAUGCUUCUCCGGCUGCUCGUGAGUCAAGCGUCAGGGCUUCGGAGCUCUCCGCCCUCAACGAUCGCGAGAGCGAUCAGGAAGCUUAG